CGGUAUUAUGUUUUGAGUAGGUAUACAAAAUGUUGCUCGUGCUAAGCAUUUUAUUUGCAUCAUUAGCGCUUUAUUGGUUCGGAAAUAAAAAUUUUAAUUAUUGGAAAGGAAAAGGAAUAAAACAUGACCCUCCAUUGCCAUUUGUCGGAAAUAAUCUGAAACAAUUCAUACAGAAAGCAAGCGUUGGAAUGACCUCUAACGAUGUAUACAAUAGAUAUCCCGAAGAGAAAGUUGUAGGAUUUUAUCGAGCAUCAGCACCAGAGUUGGUUAUCAGAGAUCCAGAAAUUGCAAAACGAAUUCUAAUGUCCGACUUUAAUUCAUUUAGUGCUAGAGGCUUGAAUCCGCAUAGAACAGUGGUGGAACCAUUGUUAAGAAAUAUCUUCCUUGGUGAAGGUGACUUAUGGCGUCUGUUGAGACAAAACCUUACUCCCUUAUUCAGUACUGGUAAACUAAAAGCUAUGUUUCCACUUAUAGUAGCUCGAGCUGAGAGACUCCAAACCCUUGCUGACGAAAUAACAGGACACGAUUUUUAUGAUGCUCGAGAACUAAUGGCAAGGUACACAACAGAAUUUAUUGGUGAAUGUGGUUUUGGAAUAAGUAUGGAUACGUUAACUGAAGAAAACAACCAGUUUAGACGACUUGGAAGGCGAAUCUUUGAAAGAAAUCUCAGAGAUAAUAUUUAUUUUGCAAUCAAAUUUAUAUUCCCAGAACUUGCAAAAAAUAUGAAAUUGUUAGCCCCAGAACUAGAAGAGGGUCUAUUGACUUUAGUUCAGACAGUUAUACAAGAAAAAAAAGGAAAACCAUCUGGUAGGUGUGAUUUUAUUGAUUUAAUGUUGGAAAUAAGAGAAAAAGGAAAUAUAAUUGGAGAGUCUCUAGAUAAGAAAAAUCCAGAUGGUACACCUAAAAUAGUGGAAAUAGAAUUAGAUGACCUUUUAGUCGCUGCUCAAGCGUUUAUAUUUUUUGGUGCUGGCUUUGAAACAUCUUCAACCGCAUCCAGUUAUGUUUUACAUCAAUUAGCUUUUAACCCAGAUUGGCAAGUAAAACUACAAGACGAAAUAGACAAGGUUCUAGCAAGUCACAAUAACAAACUAUCCUACGAAGCUAUUAAGGAAAUGAAAUAUUUAGAAAUGGCAUUUUAUGAAGGUAGUAGAAUGUAUCCUUCCGUUGCAUAUUUAGUCAGAAUGUGUACUGUACCAGAGUAUACAUUCCCUGAAUUAAAUUUAACAAUUAAUGACGGAGUAAAAGUUUUUAUCCCUGUUGCUGCCUAUCACAAUGAUGAAAAAUACUUUAGUAAUCCCGAGGUAUUUAAUCCAGAAAGAUUCCGAUACGGUAUUAAGGAAGACGUUAAAAAAGGUAUAUAUAUGCCUUUUGGCGACGGACCGAGAUCUUGUAUUGGUACAAGACUUGGAAUGAUGCAGGCGAUGGCUGGAUUAGCAGCGGUGUUGCAGAAGUUUACCGUGGAGCCUGCAGCAUGCAGCAAGCGGAUACCUGAUCCAGAUCCAGCCGGGAUUAUAACGGAAGGUUUUCUAUCUGGACUGCCUUUGAAGUUUAAGAAGCGUGUGAAGUCUCAAAGUUAGUUUCCUAUACCGUGACGCGUCACAGCUCAGUCACUCGCUCAGCAGAAGCACUACGUUAGUGCCUAGUGCCCAUUUAUAUUGAUAUUGUCAAUAUGUGUCGUAGUGAUGCAAAAUAUUUUUGAUUUUAUAUUGUAUAACUAAGUAAAUAGUUAUUAGUAGUGUAAUAUUUUUUGUUUUGAUAUAUUUGAUAUAGGUACUUUAGUAUAAGUGUAUACGAGUGUUAUAAUCAGCCGAGUUUGAUAUCAAACUUCAUUUACAUAUAGGUAUAAAUAAUAUAUUUUAAUAAGUUUUCAUUUCACUAUUUAAGGGGAUGGUACACCCAAGGCUUCGUUUUUUUAUUACAAUAAUACAUUGUUAAUUUAAUAAAGAUUUUCUUAGUAAUGUAAUAUAAAAAUAGUAUAUAGAUAAAAUCUUUUGAACUAUUUAAGAUGAAUUUCAAAAUAAAUAUAUCGAUUAUUAAAAACAUAGAAAGUGAAAGUGGGCCACAAUAACGUCAAUAUGUAAAUAUGUAUUUGUACCUAAAUCUAUAUUUUUGAACAUACAGUUUUAGAGUAUGCUUUUUUAAAUCCUAUUUUAUUUAAAAAAUAGAUUACACGGCCUUCGUCGACAACUAACAAUUAUUUUGAAGAUCGUUUUCUUAAUAAUAUAGGUUAAAAAUAUAAUCUCAUAUAGGUUAAAAAUAUAAAUUGGGUGUAGGUUAUCAUUGUUAAUCUAUCCUAUAAGAUUAUGUUCAAAAGUAUACUUAUAUUUUGACACGAAUGGAAUAUGAAAUUCGCGGUGACAUAAUAUCUUGCGAAUGUCACAGAAAUUUUAUUGUGAUCAUUCACAACGGGAGUUCAAAUCACAAACUGUUACUUGAAAUAGGUAUAGUUAGAAUUCACAAAAUGUAAAACUUCUUACAUGAUUUUAUAUAUUUUUGAAUUAUUCAAGACUUUGAAAGUCUUAAAAUCUAUUUGUUCACGGAGCACUUUAGUUCACCGAAUGAUGUUAAAAAUAUAAAUUAUUUAUUGGAUGAAAAGCGAUAAUUCGUUUAACUAUUGUUAUUUUUUUAAGUCAAUAAAGUAAAUUAUCAAAAA